UAAUCAAGGUCGACGUCAAGAGAACAUGGAUUCAACUCCCGCCCUCCUCGCUCCUUACAAGAUGGCGAGUUUCAGUCUCUCUCACAGGAUAGUAUUGGCACCGAUGUCCAGGCUGAGGUCUUACAACUUCGUAGCUCAACCACAAGCCAUCUUGUAUUACUCCCAAAGAACAACACCGGGUGGUUUCUUGAUCGGGGAAGCGUCUGGUAUUUCACCAACUGCUCACGGGUACCCAAAUACUCCUGGAAUAUGGACGAAAGAACAAGUGGAGGCUUGGAAGCCGAUAGUGGAUGCUGCUCAUAAGAAAGGGGGUGUAUUCUUUUGUCAACUAUGGCAUGCCGGCAGAGCUUCUGAUAAUUGUUUCCAACCUGAUGGCCGGCCGCCAAUCUCAUGCACGGACAAACCAAUACGAGCCAAGACUCACAUCGACGGAGUAACGGAGGCAUCUUUUCCGGCUCCUCUUCGGUUGACAACCCAUGAGGUAAAACAAGUCAUAAACGACUUUAGAAAGGCAGCUCGGAACGCCAUGGAAGCUGGUUUUGAUGGAGUAGAGAUUCAUGGAGCUAAUGGAUAUCUGAUCGAUCAGUUCUUGAAGGACCAAGUGAACGACAGAACAGAUGAAUAUGGUGGGAACUUAGAGAAUCGUUGUCGCUUCGCUCUACAAGUAGUCGAAGCAGUGGCUGAUGAGAUCGGUGCCGACAGAGUCGGCAUCAGACUAUCGCCAUUCGCCGAUUACAAUGACUGCUCUGACUCGAACCCCGAAGCCCUCGGCCUUUACAUGGCACGGUCUUUGAACAAAUACGGUAUUUUGUACUGUCAUGUGAUAGAGCCGAGGAUGAUCACCCAAUUCGAUAGUCGAAAAACAGAGGACAGUCUAUUGCCGAUGAGAAAGGCUUUCAAAGGAACGUUCAUCGUCGCCGGUGGGUACAACAGAAAAAACGGAAACGAAGUGGUUGCUAGUGGCGGUGCCGAUCUGGUUGCGUUCGGGCGCUUGUUUCUGGGGAACCCUGAUUUGCCGAGGAGAUUUGAGCUCGAUGCUGUGCUUAACGAGUAUGAUAGAAGCACCUUUUACACGCAUGAUCCGGUUGUUGGUUAUACAGACUAUCCGUUUCUCGAAACAAAUAACUAAAUUUCACUUUAU